AUGAACCUUCAUUCAGUCCUCCUGUUCGAGUUACCCCUUUCCACACGCACUCCAACGGCCCGGACUCCAACAGUUUCAACGACGAAGGUUGACUUAGAUGAGUUUCUUGAUUCGUUCUCGUCAUACAACAUGUACACAGUUACUCAGAAAGCCACAAACGGUAGUGUUCUGGCCUAUGUAACACCGUGGAAUAAGCGGGGUUUCGAGCUAGCGGAAACGUUCGCAUCCAAGUUCACCCUUAUCUCCCCAGUGUGGUUCCAGGUACUCGGGAGGAAAAAGGCAUAUAGUGUCACAGGACUACCAGAAGUCAAUAAAGACUGGAUGGCACGCCUGAAGUCGAUCAACCCCAGUAUAAAAAUCGUACCUCGCUUCGACUUCCGCGAAUGGCAAGCUUCAGACUUUGCAGACACGCUGGGUGAUCGCUCUGCGGCGGAACAAUGUCUGGCAAACGUCUUGCGAAUUCUUAAACACUAUGAACUCGACGGUGCCGUUAUCGAACUCUGGUCCUUCUUUGUUGGGGCCCCCGAAGAAUCACUGCAUAACUUCAUUGAACUUAUUGGACAGUCGCUUCGAGAUAUCAACAUGGUUACUGUUCUUGUCAUUCCGCCUCCCGUCUAUCGUGGGCCUGGUCCAAACAGUCCGAUCAAUUGGGUGGAGAAGUGUAUUCUUCAUUUGGUACCGCACGGUUCACAUAAGGCAGCUGAGAAACGAGCACAAAUUCUUACGGGAUUCAACUUCUAUGGACUGCACCACAUCCCUGAGCGACGGUUUGGUGAUUAUAUUUUGGGGCACCAAUUUGUGCACAUAGUCAAUCAAUCACGAGCAGAUUUCAUAUGGGACUCUACAGCGUCGGAGCACUAUUUGAAAUUCCGAGAUGAAAACGGCCACGAAAAUUUUGUGUACUAUCCAACCGUCGCGUCCAUUUCACGCAGAAUAGAUCUUGUGGAGCACCUGGGUACGGGAAUAUCUAUCUGGGAAAUUGGCCAAGGACUCGACAGCUUUUUCUCCUUGUUUUGAAACCGCGUUAAGUGGUGAUUUUAUCUUUUUUAAACCAUUUGCUGUGCUAUAAUUCCUUAUUGUUUGUAUGUUAGCUGAACAGCAAUUAAAACAUCCGGUUGUCACU